CUCCUGUUGUCCUCGGGUCAAGGAAGGAAGAAGAGGGAAGGACGCAAAGGGAAGUAAAAAAGGAUGGAGGAAAGAAGGAAGGAAAGAAAGAAGGAUGGAGGAAGGAAAGAAGAGAGGAGGAAAAGGAGAAAGAAUGGAAAGGAGAGAGAAAGGAAGGAGGAUGGAGGAAAGAAAGGGGAGGAGGAGAAGAAAGGAAGGAAAAAUAAAGAAGGAAGGAGGAAGAAAAGGAGGGAGGCAGGAAGGAAAGAGGGCAGAAAGGAGGGAGGAAGGAAAGAAAGAAAGAAAGAAAGAAAGAAAGAAGGGAAGGAAAGGGGGGGAGAAGAAAGGAGGAUAGAGGAAGGAAUGGAGGCGGGAAGGAUGAAAGAAGGAAGGAAGGAGGAAAGGAGAGGAAAUCAGGAGGAAGGAAAGAAGAGAGAAAGUAAAGGAGAUAGCGGAAGGAGGAAAGAAAAGAAGGGAAGGAGGGAGGAAAGGAAGGAAAGAAAGAAAGGAGGAUAGAGGAGGAAGGAAAGAAGGAAGGAAGGAGGAAAGAAGAGAGGAAGGCAGGAGGAGGGAGGAAAGAAGAAAUAGUCAAAACAGAUUGGGUCAAUUUGACCCGGAAGGACGACAGGAGGGUUAAUUAAAUCAUAUCUUUUGGGUCGGUAUCUGGGCAGAUUCUGUACCUGACGGCACAAACUCAGGGCUGCAUGCUCCAAUCAAGAGGGGGAGGAGUUACAUCAUAAUGACGCAUUGACGUUCUGUGCGUGACUAACCCGAACCCGGAAAUAAAAGUAAACAACGCAAAGGAGGACAAAAAUGUUAUGUAUCGUCAUCCAUUCUCAUUCGGAGUCUGUGAUAUUUUGCGAUACAUAAUGCAUAAAGGAUUUAUAUCCCGAUAAGGACAGGGGCCCAGUUACAGGGAGGCUGGAAACCGAUUUAGCUAUGUUAGCCAUCAGAUCGUCAGAGGAGGAGUCCACUGAGAUGGAGGAGAUGGACACCUCAGAGCCCAACUGGUGCUGGUUCUACUUGGCAGAGUGUGGAGUGUGGCACAUGUUUGAGAUUGAUCCCAGUGCGGCCUGCUCUGUAACUAGUGCUCAGAUUGAACAGUGCUACAACAGAAACCAACGAGGUGUUAUGGAGUUCUACACAGCCAAGUACACCUACAGACUGGACUUCUCAGUGAUGCGACAGAUAAAUGUAACGACAGGGAAGCAGCGGCCAAUCAAACGCUCCCUCCACUCUGCAACUGGCUUCAGGUUUAUUUGUGAUAAUCUUGCCUUGCCUGUCCCCUGUCAUUGGGAGAGAAUCAAUACAGAUGAGCCCUAUCAGCUCAUCCAGCUCGGGAGAGACACAUAUGAGUUUAAAGAAGUCGCCAGGCUGUAUGAACGGACUAUGGAUCAUCCAAUCAAAUCCAUCCAGAGGAUCCAGAAUCUGGACCUAUGGGAAUUCUUCUGCAGGAAGAAAACACAGUUGCGAAAAGUCAAGCGCACAUUGGAUAUUGAGGAGCGAAUGCUGUUUCAUGGCACAGGACACAGCAACAUACAAGCUAUAUGUACAUUUAACUUUGACUGGCGGCUGACAGGAAGCCAUGGCGAUGUCUAUGGCAAAGGGAGCUACUUUGCCCGGGAUGCUAAAUACUCCAGUAAAUUCUGUCACACCACAGGGAAGCACAACACCACCCUACAGAGACACGGACUCGCCCCGCCAAUAUUUGCUAGCGAGCCGCCCUACAAGACCAUGUUCCUGGCCAGAGUGAUCGUUGGAGAAUACACAGUCGGCCAUCCGAUGUACUGCAGGCCGCCCUCCAAGGACGCUAGCUUCACCAACUUUUAUGACAGUUGUGUGGACGAUAUGGCCAAUCCAAAGAUUUAUGUCAUUUUUGACAGCAAUCAGAUUUACCCAGAGUAUCUGAUUGAGUUCUACUGAAGAAGACAAGAACAAGAAGACAUUUUUUUCAUAGAGGCUGGAUCUCAAACAUGGAAAUAUUUAGGAUUCAGGACGGGACGAAAAUUGGAAAAAAGAAGCGACUUUAGGGACUUUUUCUUUCAGCCAGAUCCAGUGCCUAACUGGAGCAUCUAAAGUGCCUUUGGGAAAAUUGUAAAAACAAGAAGACAAUAAAGACUUAAUGUACAGUUUGUAAACUGUACAGUAUAUUCUAAGACAGGCCCUUGGUUGGAAUGUUUCUGCAAUGUAAAAAGGAUUUAAAAAAGAAAAAACUGACUGACUAAAGGUCAGUCCUUGUGGCAAUUUUGUAUUACAUGCAGAAAUCUGUGCUUGCUUGUUCAAUAUCUGUGCACAGUUGUUUCAAAACAAGAGUGGCACUUGCAACCUGUAGGUUCUAGGUGAUGUCCUGCCAUCGGCCACAGCCCCUCCACAUCCACAGUGCCACGCAUGAGCUUAUUUACAAGUCAUGUAGACAGACGAAACCAAAAACAGAUUCCUGCUCACUCAUUCAGCACCGUGAACUGUCCAGUUAGUGACAUCAACAUCUGUGUGUACCUAGUACAAUGUAUUAUGUAGGCAUGGGUUUUUAUGUUUGUUUUUAUUCAAAAAAAACGCUUCUACCUCUGCAUUUUUUUAGACCAUGCAUCAGUGCACUUUCCCCCCUUUCCAUGAAAGGAUUUGUAUUCGUGUCACAGUGACAUAAAGUCGUGAUGUCGUGUUCACUUGUGGUCCUUGAGCAAUAUGUUUUAUGUGUAUCUCUUCUGACCAUUGACUUGAAAAUGGCUGAGGUUAGAUUUUGAACUUCAUUCCAAACCAAAACAAGAUCAGUUCUAGCAUCACAUUUGACUUAAAACCAUAUGAGUGUGAUGUCACCGCCUGUGUUUCUCUAAAGGAGCAGUGUGCAGGAUUUAGCGGCAUCUAUUGGCAUUCAUAACAUUGUUUCGAGACCUGUGUAGUGGCAGUAUCUGAUGAUUUGAGAGGUUACAAUUCAAUAUAUUGCGAAAUUGUAAGCAAGGUGAAGUGGGAUUUUUUUAUUUUUAAUCAAAUUUUAGGAAAACUGUAUAAAGAACACACCGCCAUAUGGAUUAAAGCUCUCUCAAUACAGACCUAAUAUUGCAAUACUUUAUUGAUAUUUUCUUACACCCCUAGUGUUUUAUUGAGCUUAUGUCCAUCUGAAACACAGAAUAGUUGUGUUUUUGUUGCCAUGGAGGCUACAGCAGCCCAGGAGGGACAAACUCUAGAGAUGGCCUUUUGCUUUUUUACACUGUGUGAAAGCCAGCGAAGUUUCUCUAAAAAAGGAAAUUCAUCCUCCAAACUGCUAGAUGCCGCAAAAUCUGACACACUGCUGCUUUAAAGGUGGAGUCUGCGAUUUGAAAUCCAAUAUGGGUUGGGGGUUUUUUUGGUCAAAUUAAGCAAAUAUCUACUCACAGUCCAGCAGCCGACUGUUCUCUGUGUGGACUUAGAAAUCCAGCGUUCAUGCACAGAAACAAUCCGGUAAAUCUGCAGGUGUGGUGUUGAAGUAUUAACAUUUUUUCUCCAAAACAACUGCAGACUCCACCUUUAAGAAGUACGCAGGUUAUCUUUGCACCCGGUGUAAAUUUAUCUUAAAAAAUGAAUGUAGCCAGCACAUGUAUAGUACUGUAAUGAAAAUUAAUCAUAAAAUGUAAUAUUGCUUUGCUGUGUGCAUUAGUUGAAUUCAUUGAAUGAUUGUGUGUGUGCGUGUGUGUGUGUGUGUGUGUGUGUGUGUGUGUUUGAGCCACAGAAUGAAUAAGUAUCAUUUCACCACAUGGUGGCAUCACAGUACGAGACUGGACCUUAAGCAACUCUUUGCAUUUCCUCAUAGUUAAUGCAGACAAGUGAAGAAACAACCCGAUGUCUUCAGUCACAACACGACAGCAGUGUGUGAGUGUCCGGGUGUGUGAGGCUAUAUGUGUGUGUCUGUAAUUUACACAUGUUAAAAAUAAUAAACUUUUC